UCCGGCGUUUGGGGCGGGAGAAGAAGGCGAGAGUGAGGCCAGGCCCCACCUUUCGGUGGUCCAAGACAAGCAGAUUGCCCCCUUCGAAGGAAGCCCCGCCUUCACUGCUCGGUCGCGCCCCGCCCAGGCCCGCAGCGCGGCUGCAGCGCGAGGGGCGGAGAGGCAGUGCACAGAGGACCAGACGCCCAGGUUGCCCGCAUCUCAGAGCUGCAGUGGACUAAACCGCUCCCCGGCCCUGCUCCGCCGCCUCGUCCGGGCGCCCCAGCUGCUUUCUCGGCCCCAGCGAUCGAGCACCUGUCCUCUGUCUUGGUCUCAGCUGAGCGACCCCUCCUUCGGAGCACACACCAUUCCUGCAGCCUGAGAAGUGCCCCAGCUCUACUUGGCGACCACCAUGGCGGAGACUAACAACGAAUGCAGCAUCAAGGUUCUCUGCCGAUUUCGGCCCCUGAAUCAGGCAGAGAUUCUGCGGGGAGACAAGUUCAUCCCCAUUUUCCAAGGGGACGACAGCGUUGUUAUCGGAGGGAAGCCAUAUGUCUUUGACCGUGUGUUCCCCCCAAACACGACUCAGGAGCAAGUUUAUCAUGCAUGUGCCAUGCAGAUUGUCAAAGAUGUCCUUGCUGGCUACAAUGGCACCAUUUUUGCUUAUGGACAGACAUCCUCAGGGAAAACACAUACUAUGGAGGGAAAGCUACAUGACCCUCAGCUGAUGGGAAUCAUUCCCCGGAUUGCCCGAGACAUCUUCAACCACAUCUACUCCAUGGAUGAGAACCUUGAGUUCCACAUCAAGGUCUCUUAUUUUGAGAUUUACCUGGAUAAAAUUCGUGACCUUCUGGAUGUGACCAAGACAAACCUUUCUGUGCAUGAGGACAAGAACCGGGUCCCAUUUGUCAAGGGUUGUACUGAACGCUUUGUGUCCAGCCCAGAGGAGAUUUUGGAUGUGAUUGAUGAGGGAAAAUCAAAUCGUCAUGUCGCUGUCACCAACAUGAAUGAACACAGCUCUCGAAGCCACAGCAUCUUCCUCAUCAACAUCAAGCAGGAGAACAUGGAGACUGAGCAGAAGCUCAGUGGGAAGUUGUAUCUCGUGGACCUGGCUGGGAGUGAGAAGGUUAGCAAGACUGGAGCAGAGGGAGCUGUGCUGGAUGAGGCAAAGAAUAUCAACAAGUCGCUGUCUGCCCUGGGGAAUGUGAUCUCUGCAUUAGCAGAGGGCACUAAAAGCUACGUUCCAUAUCGUGAUAGCAAAAUGACACGGAUUCUUCAGGACUCUCUGGGAGGAAACUGCCGUACAACUAUGUUCAUCUGUUGCUCACCAUCCAGUUACAAUGAUGCAGAGACCAAGUCUACACUGAUGUUUGGACAGCGGGCAAAGACCAUUAAGAACACUGCCUCAGUAAAUCUGGAGUUGACUGCCGAGCAGUGGAAGAAGAAAUAUGAGAAGGAGAAGGAGAAGACCAAGGCCCAGAAGGAGACAAUUGCAAAGCUGGAGGCUGAGCUGAGCCGCUGGCGCAAUGGAGAGAAUGUGCCUGAGACAGAGCGUCUGGCUGGGGAGGAUGCAGCCCUGGGGGCUGAGCUCUGUGAGGAGACCCCUGUGAAUGACAACUCAUCCAUUGUGGUGCGUAUCGCACCUGAGGAGCGGCAGAAAUAUGAGGAGGAGAUCCGCCGCCUCUAUAAGCAGCUUGAUGACAAGGACGAUGAGAUCAACCAGCAGAGCCAACUCAUCGAGAAACUCAAGCAGCAAAUGCUGGACCAGGAGGAGCUGCUGGUGUCCACUCGAGGAGACAAUGAGAAGGUCCAGCGGGAGCUGAGCCACCUGCAGUCAGAGAAUGAUGCUGCGAAGGAUGAGGUGAAAGAAGUGCUGCAGGCCCUGGAGGAGCUGGCUGUAAACUAUGACCAGAAGUCCCAGGAGGUAGAGGAAAAGAGCCAGCAGAAUCAGCUGCUAGUGGACGAGCUGUCCCAGAAGGUGGCCACCAUGUUGUCCCUGGAGUCUGAAUUGCAGCGACUCCAGGAGGUCAGUGGACACCAGCGAAAACGAAUUGCUGAAGUGCUGAAUGGGCUGAUGAAGGACCUGAGUGAGUUCAGUGUCAUCGUGGGCAACGGGGAGAUUAAGCUGCCGGUGGAGAUCAGUGGGGCCAUCGAGGAAGAGUUCACCGUGGCCAGACUCUACAUCAGCAAAAUCAAGUCGGAGGUCAAAUCUGUAGUCAAGCGGUGUCGGCAGCUAGAGAACCUCCAGGUGGAAUGUCAUCGCAAGAUGGAAGUGACUGGGCGGGAGCUCUCAUCCUGCCAGCUCCUCAUCUCACAGCAUGAGGCUAAGAUCCGCUCACUAACGGAAUACAUGCAGAGUGUGGAGCUGAAGAAGCGACACCUGGAAGAGUCCUAUGACUCCUUGAGUGAUGAAUUGGCCAAGCUCCAGGCUCAGGAAACUGUUAAUGAAGUGGCUUUGAAGGACAAAGAGCCAGACACUCAGGAUGCAGAUGAAGUGAAGAAGGCCUUGGAGCUGCAGAUGGAAAGUCACCGGGAGGCCCAUCACCGACAGCUGGCCCGGCUCAGGGAUGAGAUCAAUGAAAAGCAGAAGACUAUUGAUGAGCUUAAAGACCUGAAUCAGAAGCUCCAGUUAGAGCUGGAGAAACUUCAGGCUGACUAUGAGAAGCUGAAGAAUGAAGAACAUGAGAAGAGCACCAAGCUUCAGGAGCUGACAUUUCUGUACGAGCGACAUGAGCAGUCCAAGCAGGACCUCAAAGGUCUGGAGGAGACAGUUGCCCGGGAACUCCAGACCCUCCACAACCUUCGCAAGCUGUUCGUUCAAGACGUCACGACUCGAGUCAAGAAAAGUGCAGAAAUGGAGCCCGAGGACAGUGGGGGGAUUCAUUCCCAAAAACAGAAAAUUUCCUUUCUUGAGAACAACCUGGAACAACUUACAAAGGUUCACAAACAGCUGGUACGUGACAAUGCAGAUCUGCGUUGUGAGCUUCCUAAAUUGGAAAAACGACUUAGGGCUACGGCUGAGAGAGUUAAGGCCCUGGAGGGUGCACUGAAGGAGGCCAAGGAGGGCGCCAUGAAGGACAAGCGCCGGUACCAGCAGGAGGUAGACCGCAUCAAGGAAGCUGUUCGGUACAAGAGCUCUGGAAAGAGGGGCCAUUCUGCCCAGAUUGCCAAACCUGUGCGGCCUGGCCACUAUCCAGCAUCCUCUCCCACCAACCCCUAUGGCACCCGGAGCCCUGAGUGCAUCAGUUACACCAACAGCCUCUUCCAGAACUAUCAGAAUUUGUACCUGCAGGCCACACCUAGUUCCACCUCAGAUGUGUACUUUGCUAACUCCUGUACCAGCAGUGGAGCCACAUCUUCUGGUGGCCCCUUGGCUUCCUAUCAGAAGGCCAACAUGGACAAUGGAAAUGCCACAGAUAUCAACGACAAUAGGAGUGACCUGCCCUGCGGCUAUGAGGCUGAGGACCAGGCGAAGCUCUUCCCUCUCCACCAAGAGACUGCAGCCAGCUAACCUCCCACACCAAUGGCUAUAUAACCUGCACUUUCAGUUUCUAAGAGGGACUGAGGCCUCUUCUCUCAGCAUGCUGCAAACCUGUGGUCUCUGAUACUAACUCCCCUCCCAACCCCUGUUGUUGGACUGUACUGUUUGAUGUCUUCUCUCACUUACUAUGUAUCUCUUUGUACUCUGUAUCUAUAUAUUGGAAGCUGCUGCUAUGUCUCUCUUCUCUCUGUCCCACUCUCUAAAUAUCUAAUGAUGUAUUUAGCAAUUUCUAAGCAUAGUCUAUCCUCCUUAUUUGGGGCAAUAGGGAGGCGGGGGAAUGUUUUCUUCUUUCUCAUAUACUCGUCUCACACUGAGUGGUGUUAGUCACUGAGCAGAGAACAUAGAGAUGAUAAAAUGAGAAAUGGGAGCUAGAGGGCUGUGAUCCUUUUCUCUCACAAACACAUGUGUGCAUGCACACAUACACACACAUUCACACACUACUCACACAUACACGUACAUAUAAAGCCUUAAGCAGAAGAAUGUCUUAGCAUCCUAAGACGUCAGAGAAAUAGGCUCUUCCUCCCUUCUCUUUUAUGGAUAGCACAGGGGAGGGUAAAAUGGAAGGGCUGCUAAAUUCUACAUAUAAUUUUCUUAAUAUUGCCCUCACCUAAAUUAAGAGAUUCCAGAUGUUUACCUCUGUCCUACAAAGUCUGCCUUUUGCCUCCCUCUAUUUUUCCCAAAUGGAGACCAUGGCUUGCCAAGGAACCUUUCCUAUACUUGUCCAAACCCCUUUUGAUACUCUCUACCCCUGAUGACCAUAACUCAAAGUUAAAAAUAUUCUCAAAAAUUGAGGAGGCGAGCUGGGGUUAUGGCUCAGUGGUAGAGUGCUUGCCUAGCACGUGCAAGGCCCUGGGUUCGAUCCUCAGUACCAUGUAAAAAUAAAUAAAAUAAAGGUAUUGUGUCCAUCUACAACUAAAAAACAAAUAUUUUUUAAAAAAUUGAGGAGGCAGAUCCCUUCCCCACAGUCUGUCAAAUAGCUGCUCAUCUUUCUGUGGUGAUAGUUAUGGGCAAGUAUAGUCAGAAUGACUGAUUCCUUGGGUUUGAGGAUUGAACAGGGUGGAAAACUGCUAAGUGAUUUGCAUCACAGUGUCCUCAGGUUGAAGCGAUGAGCUGGAUUCCUUUUUCCCAUAUUGGGCUACAAGUUCUUCCCAUCUCUACCUUUUGGUUUGGGGGCUUCCAGUUCAUUGGCAAAAUAGCUGUUUCAGAUGCCUUCAUUUCAAACUGGAGCCUGGCUUUCCUCCAGUAUAAGUUGUUCCCCACAAAGAGUUCCUUCUAUAAUGUCCCUAUGUGGUAUAAAGUGCACUUUAGGGAAAGGGGCAGGGCAGAUUUUCCAGAGGUGGCAGAGCCUGGGGGCUUGACCCAGGGCUCUUCCCCCAGCCAUUCUGAGCCCAUGUGCCCCCUCUCCCACAGUUAAGAAGAUGGUUGCUUGAGUUCCAGAUUAUACUUUCCUUCCACAUGGUGCUAAGGUAUUUUUUCAGGUAACUUUUGGGAUGAAGGUCACUAGUCAGCCCAAACCAAGAAGUGAAGUCUGGAGUCCAGAUAAUUUUACCUUUUUAUGGAUGGAAGAUAGGAACCUUCAGCAUCAGGGAUGC